AUGCGUUCGGUCGCAGCAGUCACACUCGCCCUCUCGGCAUUCUCAGUCCAGACAGUAUCCGCAAUCACUGCUGGUCCAGUCACAGAUGCUGGCUGCUUCAGUGGAUCUGCUGGUCUCGAGGAUAAUGGAACUUUCAACUACCAGUCCAAAGGUCAUUGCCAGGAGACAUGUAUCGGCGUCGGUGCCACUGUCAUGGCCAUGACUGACGGUAAUGAUUGUUGGUGUGGCUCUACUCUGCCAGCAAAGAGCAGUCUGCAGAGCGACGAUUCAAAGUGCAGCAUGACAUGCGUUGGAUAUCCUGAUGACAUCUGUGGUGGCGAUGGAUACUGGAGCGUUUACUACACAACCACCGACACUAACAUUGGCUAUUAUGGCGGCGGCGGCUCAUCCAGCUCGUCAAGCUCAUCAUCUGCCGCAGCCAAGUCUUCUGGCUCAUCUUCCUCAUCAUCCUCCUCCUCCUCCUCAUCAUCAAGCUCUGCACCUUCCUCGAUGAUCACAAGCACCACUUCCGCAGAUCCUGCCGCAACCAAGGCUACUGUCAUUACCAGCGUUGCUCCUGGCACGACCGUCAUCAUCACUCAGGUUCCCACCUCCACAGGCACCAGCUCUGCCGACUCUGAAAAGUCACACAAAGGAGGCUCAAAUACUGCUGGAAUUGCUGCUGGUGUGGUUGUCGGCAUAGUCGUGGUAGCUGCACUUUUCGGUGCUGCAUUCUUCUUCUGGCGUCGCAAGCAACGUCGCGAGACAGAAACUGGUCAUCAGCAACUCAACGACUACUCAAGCUCGGCCCAAAAGCCCAUGGCUUUCAGACCCGCACCCGGACCUGACUCUCGUAUCGACCCUGACGCCAUGGCAUCAAGGAGAAUGAGCGAUGGUAGCAUUGCUGAUAACGAGGACUACUCGCGAAGAAUAUUGAAGGUCACCAACGCUUAA